AUGGCUGCUUAUGAUGCUGAUGAUAUAAAAGUUCUCUUUUCGUUAUUUGAUGCUGAUCAAAAUGGUAAACUUGGUAAAAAUGAAGUUAAAGAACUUAUUGAGUUGGUUACUGGUGAAAGAAGUACAGAAGAUGAUCAAGCUAAAUUCAUGCAAUUUAUUGAUACAAAUAAAGAUGAAGUUAUAACAAUUGAUGAGUUUGAAGUUUUGGUAACUAAAUAUUUUCCAAUGACUCCACUUGGUGUACGAAAUUUAUUCAAGACAUUUGAUUCAAAUGGAGAUGGUUUUGUCGAUAAAGAUGAAUUCAAUCAAGUAAUCAAAGAUAAAGCUGAUAAUCUUGAUGAACGAAAAAUAAAUUUUUUCAAAAAAGUUUUCACACGAGAUGAUAGUGAUAAAGUUAGUUACGAACAAUUUAUUGAUAGUGCAACCAAACAUUAUCGAGAUUAUGUUGCUAAUCGAAAUAAUUAA